CAGUCAUCACUUUGCCCUUUUGUUUUGUUUUCUCCUCAAUAGAUCAUCCUCUGUCCACCAAAAUCACUUCGCUUCUAAUCUUAAAACCCCUAAUUGAUUUUAUCCUCGAGAGCCCCUCUAAUGGCGGAACAGAGCAAGAACACUCCAGAGAUCUUCGAGCUCAACAAUGGCUCCAUGCUGGUCAAGAUCUCAAACUACGGCGCCACCAUCACCUCUUUGUCUGUUCCCGACAAGAACGGGAAAUUGGCUGAUGUAGUUCUCGGAUUCGACUCGGUAGAUCCAUAUGUGAACGGUCUUGCACCGUACUUUGGGUGCAUAGUUGGUCGUGUGGCAAAUCGAAUCAAAGAGGGAAAAUUUAGUCUCAAUGGAGUCAACUACACUUUGCCCAUCAACAAGCCUCCCAAUAGUCUCCACGGUGGUAACAAGGGUUUCGAUAAGAAGAUAUGGGAAGUUGCAGGGCACAAGAAAGACGGUGAAAAACCUUUCAUCACUUUCAAGUAUCACAGCGCCGAUGGAGAAGAAGGUUACCCCGGUGCAGUUGCUGUCACGGCAACAUACACUCUCACCUCAGCCACGACGAUGAGACUUGACAUGGAGGCUGUUCCUGAGAACAAAGACACUCCCAUUAACUUAGCUCAGCAUACAUACUGGAACUUGGCGGGUCAUGACUCAGGAAACAUUCUCGACCAUAAGAUACAGAUUUUGGGGUCUCACAUCACCCCCGUUGACGAAUACACAGUUCCAACAGGGGAGAUCUUGCCUGUAAAGGGAACUCCUUUCGAUUUCACAAAGGAGAAACGGAUAGGCGAGUCUAUAGGAGAGGUUGGUAUCGGAUAUGAUCAUAACUACGUGUUGGACUGUCCUGAUCAAGAGAAGGAUGGGCUAAAACACGCAGCGAAGCUCAGUAACGGUGCUGGCUCAAGGGUAUUGGACUUGUGGACCAAUGUGCCUGGACUGCAGUUUUAUACCGGGAACUAUGUGAAUGGAGUGGUUGGGAAAGGGAGCGCCGUUUACGGGAAACAUGCGGGUGUGUGCCUUGAGACGCAGGGGUUCCCCAACGCGAUUAACCAGUCGAAUUUCCCAUCUAUUGUGGCUAAAGCUGGUGACAAGUACCAGCACACAAUGCUGUUUGAGUUUUCAGCUUGAGAGGUUUAGUUUAGGUGUUAGAUGAUUGAUGUGGGGGGGGGGGGGGAAUAAAGUGCCGGUUGAUUGGUCCAUUGAAUCGGUAAAGAAGAGUAAUUUUCAAUAAUUAAAUCAAACUGAACUGGGUAUUUUGACAUUGUAAAAGUUGCGUUGAUUUUUCAUAUCUUGAUAAACGUUUCGUCCAUUUGUGAAUGAGUUUUUGUUCACAUGAA